GUUCGUCUUGCCGGCUCCUCUGCUGCUGCUGCUGCUGCUGCUCGCUCGCUCGCUCGCCUGCCAGCCAGCCAGCUAGUCAGCCAUGGGUCACCCCGCCGCCGGAGAACCGGGCCUCAUAGCCAACGUGGUGAACGACACCUUGGCGUUAUACCGCUGGACCUGGAGCAUCAGAGACAAACGUGUCGACAACUGGCCAUUGAUGCAAUCUCCAUUUCCUACGAUGACUAUAAGUGCUCUUUACCUCCUCACUGUUUGGCUGGGUCCUAAAUGGAUGAAGACAAGGGAGCCUUUCCAGUUCCGCUCAUUGUUGAUUUUUUACAACUUUGGAAUGGUUCUACUUAACUUCUAUAUUUUCAAAGAGCUACUUAUGGCAUCAAAGGCUCGAGGAUACAGCUAUAUCUGUCAGAGUGUGGAUUACUCAGAUAAUGAAUAUGAAGUCAGGAUAGCGGGAGCUUUAUGGUGGUACUUCUUAUCAAAAGGAAUUGAGUAUCUGGAUACAGUAUUUUUCAUCCUAAGAAAGAAAUUUAACCAAAUCAGUUUUCUACAUGUCUAUCACCAUUUCACUAUGUUUACUUUGUGGUGGAUUGGCAUAAAAUGGGUUGCAGGUGGACAAGCAUUUUUUGGAGCCCAAAUUAAUUCUUUUAUUCAUGUUAUUAUGUAUAUGUACUAUGGUCUAGCUGCUUGUGGCCCAAAAUUCCAGAAGUACCUUUGGUGGAAACGAUACUUGACCAUAAUGCAGCUAGUUCAAUUCCACGUGACACUUGGCCACACAGCCAUGUCAAUUUAUAUUGAUUGUCCCUUUCCUAAGUGGAUGCACUGGGGUGUCGUUUUCUACGCUAUCACUUUCAUUAUUCUGUUUGGUAACUUCUACUAUCGGACAUACAAGAUGCCCAAGCAGCCAGUAAAGAAUGGCAAGAUUACCAAUGGUGUUGUGGCAAAUGGUACAAGCAAACCAGAAAAUGGUCUAGUUGUGGAAAAUGGAAAAAAGCAGAAGAAAACAAAAGGAGAGUAACUUGAUCCAGGCCUUAACCAUUGUUGGCAGUGAGGAGUUCCCCAUUUGGUUGUAAAAGAGAAAGAAACGUUAUCCUAUCCAUACCAAUUGACCUUUAGGUUAUUGAAGAGAUAGAAAACAUUAUUUAUGAAGAUUGUUUUAACAACAACCCUUCAACUUAAAAUUUCUAUUGUAAUUAUGUAAUUAUUAAGACUCUCAUGAUAUCUUUGUAAACUUUUAGACUGCUGGUGUCGGUAUUGUAAGAAAGAAGUGCUGGAAUAACAUACUGUCAGUCCAGUGGUUAACAUUACAAUUAACCAAGGAUACAAUUGACCUUUUGGAGCAGACAUUUCUUUGAAAAAACGAAUAAUUGAAACAUGCUAUUUUUCUUG